AUGGCCAAAUACGCAUGGUAUACAAGAUUGAGUGAUACACUACAUCGUUUGACAGUUCUAACCCUGGUUGGUGGUUCUCUAUAUAUGAGUGGUGGCCUGGUAUACACUCUUUAUAUGAAUGGUAGAAGGUACGAAGAUACAGUGACGACCCCAACCCAAAAGCAAAUCGAAGGUUCUACUUCUAAGGAUGAAGAGAAUAAAUCAACUCCCCCUCCUAAUUGA